AUGCUCAGGAAGGGAGCCAGCUUGGAUAGGUUCCUUCAGUCCACAGGGCAAGUGGGGGUCACCUCGUUGACCCCGGGCGGCGGGCACAGCUUUGCGACAAAGAGCUCCGUCCCGCGGCCUGAAAGGAGAAAUCCCAAAGGAGGCUGUGUCCUACGGGCCCUGCACGAUCACCCCAUCUUGGUUGCCACGGCAACCGGCCUCAGCCCACCCUCUUGGGAGCCAGUCAUGAAUCCAGGAAGAGGGGGGCUUGUGAGAGUUCAAGAACAGGGAAGAGCCCGCCUGCAGCUGGAUGAGACCCAAGGGGGCCCGUCCAGUCCUGUCCCCGCCGCGGCCAACGGGAUGCCCCAAAGAGUAGCCCCCAAGCAAGUCCUCGAGACGGGACUGGAGGUAGCGGCGCAGCUAUCGAGGGAAGAAGCCCUCCAACCCCGCCCCUGCAAAAAAAUCCUGGCGCUUUCUGCUUCCCAGAGCUUUGGAGCCCGUCGGGGGCGGGAAGGCGGGGGCAGGGAGCAUUCCGGCCCCUCCUCUCCCCGCGGAUCAGGCCACCACACGGCGGGGCUUAAAAGGCGCCGGGGGCGCCGGGCGCUGUCUCUGCCCCAUGGUGCUGAAAGUGGGCAGCAGCAGCAAUCACUGCCCGUCCCGUCGGUCAACCGGAGCGCAAAGAGAAUGCCUUGGAGGGCGGCGGCAGCGCUCCUCUGCCCGGCGCUGCUGCUGCUGUUGGCGGCGGCAUCUGGAGCGGGGCUGGCACGGGACUCCCCGGCCCCCUGCGUCCUCCGCAGCCCGCUGAGCGACGGGCGACUCCGCUUCCAGGCCUCCGACGGGCGGGAGCUGCUGAGCGCCACUUGGGCGCCCCGAGGGGCCGGCCUGAGCGGCUGCCGCGUCUCCGUCGAGGCGCGGGAGGUGGCCGCUUUCUUAAGCCGCUGCCCCGCCGUCCAGAGACGGGAAGAGGAGGAGGAAGGGGAACCGGCCUUCCCGGGCUUGGCAGAGGCCAAGGGAGCCUGCCUGGAUGGCAGCGGCAGCGUCUCCCCUCGACGGCGGACCAAGCGCGGGUUCACCUACCCGGGCACCCUCUGGUGUGGGGCCGGCAACAUCGCCGCGAGUUACGAGGAGCUGGGAGCCCACCGGGAGACGGACAGGUGUUGCCGGGAGCACGACCACUGUCACCACGUCAUCCACCCUUUCACCUACAAGUACGGGUACCGGAAUUUCCGCUGGCACACCAUCAGCCACUGCGACUGCGACAACAGGUUAAAAGCGUGCUUGAGGGCAGUGAAUGACACAGCCUCCCGGGUGGUGGGUCAAGCCUUCUUCAACGUCAUCCAAGUCCCUUGCUUCAAGUUUGCCUACAAAGAGCAAUGCGUGGAGCCUUAUCUCUAUGUCUGGUGUAAGAAUUACACCACAGUGGUUGUUGCUGUGGCCCAGGAACCAGUGCUGUAUGAGUUUGGCGGGGAGCUAAUCGAUGGGCUUGCAACACGUCAGCCACCAGCAUGGCCUUCCUCCACCACGGCUCCACCCCAUAGCUGCUCCUCUCCACCAACAAACUCAGCUUCUCUUCCACGCAAGCCAGAGCAGGCUGUCACGGUGGCUGUGACCACUCCUGCUCCCCAGGCUAGGCCCAGCAGCUUGCCGAAGAAGCAUCGGAAAGGCAAAAAGGGCAAAGGGAAGGGGAAAAGAAGGAAAGGCAAAAAGGGCAAAGGCCUGAAGAAGGCAGAGGCAAAGGCCAAGACUCCAGCUGUUCUGCAUCCCCAUAGAGAAGAUGCUGCCAUCUCCCGCAAGCAGCUGGCUAUGCACGAACCGGCCAAGGUGGACUUCCAAGCCCAAGCCGAGCUUCCAGACAUAGAAGAGGAUCCAUUCAACGCCAUCCUCAGUGAUGACCCUGCAGGAGGGGCUGACCUGAGCGCUGACGCAUCUCAGGCAGUGAGCAAAGAGGCAGCAGCCCCACCAAAAGCCAAUUCCAAGCCUUCCUCUGUCCAGAAGAAGAGGAAGGGCAGGAGAAGUCGCCUUCAGAAGAAAGAGGGGCAGGUCCACUCUGUGCCCAGCUCAGACUUGGGGGGCAGGGGACAAAGUUUUGCUGUUCAGGGCAUGUAA